AUGGAUCAAUCCAAUUUAAGCAACCAAAAAUUAAAGAAAAUAGAAAAAAAACUAAGGAAACUACAACACAUUGUAUUAAAAGAAACUGGCGUGGAAUGUUCCAUAAACAAACCAACAAAUAUAUUAGUAAUAGCAAAUGCUGGUCUAAUUAAUGGAUUAACCGAAGAAACAGUCUUAGAACAUUUCUCGAUUUAUGGUACGAUAGAAACCAUCCUGCUAAUACCAGGAAAAUCCUGCUGUUUUAUAAGAUACUCGGACGAAUUAUCAGCUAUAAAAGCAUCAGAAAAUCAUAAUGGAACGUUAAAUAUCGCCCAGAAUUCCAAACCGAUUUAUUUACUAUACGCAACAAGUUUACCCAAUAACGAAGAUGACGCAAUUAACGAAGAAACCGUUCCAGGAUUGGUUAUAUUCGAAGAUUUUAUUACACUCGAAGAAGAGCAAAAGUUGCUCGAUUUGUGCGAUUUCGAAUCGAAUUCCGAUGUAAGUCAUAUGAAAAAUCGGCAAGUGAAACAUUUCGGUUACGAGUUUAAUUACAACACGAAUAACGUUGAUAAAAAUCAACCUCUAACCGAAGGCAUUCCGGAAGAAUGUAAUUUCUGGAACAGACUGGAUAAUACUGCGUUUAAAAGCUUCAUUCCCGAUCAAUUGACUGUAAACCACUAUUUACCAGGCCAAGGGAUACCCCAACACGUGGACACUCACAGCGCCUUCGAGGACCCCAUAAUGACCUUAUCGCUACGAAACCCCAUAGUAAUGGAGUUUAAAAACAGCUACAAACACGUUUCGGUUCUCCUUAAACCGAGAUCUCUGGCCGUAAUGUCCGGAGAAUGCCGGUACAAUUGGACACAUGGAAUCACCCCGAGGAAAUGUGAUAUGGUACACACUAAAACCGGUGAUGUUUCCUUCCAACGUGACACGAGAGUCAGCUAUACUUUCAGGAAGGUCUUGAGAAAACCUUGCGAGUGCAUGUUCAAAACAAAUUGCGAUUCGUUUAAGGAAUCGAUCGAGAAAUUGCGAUCGAACGCUCCGGAAUUGGAAAAAGAACACGUUCACAAAGUAUACGAAAAGAUAGCUGGACAUUUCGAUAGUACAAGGCACAAACCGUGGCCUAACGUCGUUGAAUUUCUGGAAUCGUUCGAGACCGGUUCGAUUGUAGUCGAUGUGGGUUGCGGAAACGGGAAAUAUUUGGGUUUAAACAAAGGCGUUUUUAAUGUAGGCUGUGAUGCCAGUUUGAAUUUGCUGGACAUUUGCAACAAAAAAGGAUUGGAAAUAUUCGCCGCGAAUUGCUUGAAAAUACCCAUCAAAGAUAAUUGCGUUGACGGUGCUAUAAGUAUUGCCGUUAUUCACCAUUUAGCGAACGACGAAAGGAGAUUUUCUGCACUCGAGGAAAUAGCGAGGAUUUUAAAACCAGGAGGCAGGGCUUUGGUCUACGUGUGGGCGAAAGAGCAGGAAAAAGACCAGGAAAAGUCUUCUUAUUUGAAGCAGUACAGAAAUAACAAAACUCCUCAAGCCGCAGGAGAAGCUUCUGUAUCGAAUUUACCCAUUCAUGUUAACAGAACACAAUUCGAGUACGAAGAUCUUCUCGUUCCGUGGAAACUCAAACGAUCCAACGAAUCGAACAAAUCCAACGAACCGAACACUUUCCUGCGAUUCUAUCACGUUUUCCACGAGGACGAAUUGAAAGAAUUGUGCGAAGACAUCGAAAACAUCGAAGUUAUUAAAUAUUAUUACGAUCAAGGCAACUGGUGUUCGAUUAUAAGAAAAUAUUGA